AUGCUCACGCUGACCGUGUUGAACCAGCUGCCCCUGCCCUCCCCUUUACCGGGCACCUCCACUAAGAGCCUGCUGUACAGUGGGCGUGUAGCUGAGGAAGUGGGGCGUCUGAUGGGCUGCAGGGAUGAAACUCUGGUCUCUCAGCUCGCCAGCGGCCUCAGCCAGGUCUCCAUGGAGCACAUAGAACUGAAGGACAGCCUUGGCAGUGAUGAGUUGGAGGGAGAUGUACCAGUGCUGCUGCAGCUUUUGCUGUCUAGGAACCCCAACAUCUUCAGGAAUAAGACCGCACCGAGCACUCCCCAGUAUCCGGCCCAGGCGGGUAUAAGUCAGCAGUCAAUGGCACCGCCGUAUAAAAUCACACAUGGCUCCAUGCAGGGAAGUCCAGCCUCUGCCAAUUACCAGGCCUCUAUGUCCCACAGCCCCUCUGGGCGUUUUGUGCCAGGGCAGUCUGGUUCUGGUGGACGGUUUCUGCCUCAGCAGAGCAGCCCAGUGCCCAGCCCUUAUGCCCCUCAGAGCCCUGCUACCGGCUACAGACAGUACCCACACCCUCCAGCCUACAGUCAACACCAGCACCUACAGCAAGGUUCAGUAGCAAGCCCAAUGAUUCCAGGAGGCAUGAGAAAUGUUCACGAGAAUAAGGAUCAGAUGAGGGCAGGUUUCACGUCUCACAUACUGCAGUCAUCUCCACCUUACACUCCUCCUUGCGAUGGGGCUCAAGAAAUGCAUCUGGGCUCCCCAGACAAGCAGCGUGGUCUGAACCCUAACGAGGGAGAGCGGGACCCGGCCGAUAAGGCUGCUGUGUAUGAUAUUGUGGGCUCGCCAAUAAAAGACCCUACUAAGCUGAUCCUGAGGCAGUCACGGGCCAGGCCAACAGAGGUGGAGCUUGGGGGAAUGUACCCCGGUUCAGACCCAGAAGGAGAGCUUGUUGAGGCUCUUGCUGCAAUAGAAAGGAUGGAAAGUGAAGCGGCCAUGGAGACGGACCGUGGUGCUAAAGAGGUGCAGGAUAAAGAUAAGCCUUUGAAGAAGCGCAAACAGGACUCUCACCCGCAGGAGCCUGGUGCAGCUGGCACAGCUGGUUCAGGCUCUGGGGCUCCAGGUGGAGGAGGAGGGGCUAACGCAGGGCACAGGCUCGCCCCUCAGGAGGCCAGCGCCGCCAGCACCAGUGCCAGCGCCAGCCGCCCAGGCCUGCAAGUGAGCUUGGAGCAAGCGGGCAGAGUGGAGGACACCUGCAUGGGCAUGCCCAUCCCUGCCAGCGAGGCUCAGCGCUGGCCUCAGGAGCCGCAGGAAGGGGUCACUCCGAAGGCCCUCAAACACAAGCACGACCACGCUCCAGAACACCGACAUCAGCCCGAUACCCCGCGGCAGAAGCACAGACCCGAGGGGCGGCACGGUGAUGUCGGCACGCAGUGUGCGGCUCAGUCGGGGAGUAAACCAGCAGAGCUUCCUCCGUACAUGCUGGGAGAAAACACCAGUUCGGGAGUGCUUAAAAACUUCACCAUUCCCAAAAUCAGGAAAGAUCUCGGAGCAGGAGAUAUUCCAGAAGGCUGGAAGCAGCCGUGUGUGCGGCUGGAGAGACUGGAACCAGAGGUGGACGUGAAGAAGACUGUCAAGCCUGUGGUUGUUCUGCAGAAACUCUCCAUCGAUGAGGUGCAGAGGCUCAUGAGGGAGAGAGACUCGCGUGGCUCCAAGUCUGGCAAGAACAGGCUCUCCUCUGGGAGAUCUGGGAAAGGUGGAAUAGACCCGUCAGUGCUGAAGGAUCUUCCUCCUGAGCUGCUGGCAGAGAUCGAGUCCACCAUGCCUCUGUGUGAGCGGGUAAAGAUGAACAAACGCAAACGCAGCACUGUCAAUGAGAGGCCUAAAUAUGCAGAGGACAGCUCAGAGGACGAGGAUUUCUCAUCUCGUAAACGUCAGAAGAAGGAUCGUGACAGAAUGUGGGAGUUUGAGGAGCGCGACCGGAGGAAUUCAGGAGAGCAUCGAAGAGGAAGCUACGACACACGCAGAGGCUCAGGCAGCCGAUAUGACGACUCUGACCAAGAUUCACCUCCCCCCAGCCUUAGUGACGUUGCAAGACGUUUAAAGAUGAAGGAGAAGCAGAAGAGGAGGAAAGCGUAUGAGCCCAAGUUAACGCCUGAAGAAAUGAUGGACUCUUCCACUUUUAAGAGGUUCUCGUUGAGUAUUGACAACAUCUUGGAGAAUCUUGAGGAUGUGGACUUUAAUGGUCAGGAUGAUGAUGAGAUCCCUCAGGAGCUGUUGUUAGGGAAACAGCAGCUAAAUGAAUUGGGUAGUGAAUCUGCUAAGAUAAAAGCCAUGGGCAUCACCUGCAGGAUUCCUUCUGAUAAACUGGUGAAACUGUUGAAUAUUCUGGAGAAGAACAUUCUGGAUGGAUCCGGUCUUUCUACACAUAUGAACCAUGAUAACGAUGGAGAGGACGAGGAGCGUCUCUGGCGGGAUCUCAUCAUGGAGCGUGUGACCAAAUCAGGGGAUGCGUGUCUGACAGCACUGAACAUCAUGACAUCAUCACACAUGCCCAAAGCCGUGUACAUUGAAGACGUGAUCGAGAGAGUUCUGCAGUACACUAAGUUCCACCUGCAGAAUACUCUUUACCCACAGUAUGAUCCGGUCUACAGAAUUGACCCUAAAGGAGGUUCCAUGCUGAGCUCCAAAGCAAAGCGAGCCAAGUGCUCCACCGCCAAGCAGAGAGUCAUCAUCAUGCUCUAUAACAAAGUGUGUGACGUCGUCAGCAACAUCUCAGAGCUGCUGGAAAUUCAGCUGUUGACCGAUACAACAAUAUUGCAGGUCUCUUCGAUGGGCAUUACUCCUUUCUUUGUGGAGAAUGUCAGUGAGCUGCAGCUGUGUGCCAUAAAGCUGGUGACGGCGGUGUUCUCUCGUUACGAGAAGCACAGACAGUUAAUUCUAGAGGAGAUCUUCACCUCUUUGGCCAGACUGCCCACCAGCAAACGCAGCCUCAGGAACUUCAGGUUGAACAGUAGCGAUGCCGAGGGUGAGCCCAUAUUCAUUCAGAUGGUUAGUGCUCUGGUGCUGCAACUAAUUCAGUGCGUGGUCCAUCUGCCCUCUGAGAAAGACUCUGAAGACGAUCACAAAAAGGUUGACGACGAUGUGUUCAUCACCAACUCGUAUGAAACGGCCAGACGGACGGCUCAGAACUUCCUCUCUGUCUUCCUCAAGAAGUGUGGCAGUAAACAGGGUGAGGAAGACUACAGGCCGCUGUUUGAGAAUUUUGUGCAGGAUCUGCUGUCUACGGUCAACAAACCCGAUUGGCCUGCUUCAGAAUUACUGCUAAGCCUGCUGGGAAGAUUACUGGUGCACCAAUUCAGUAACAAGCAGACAGAGAUGGCACUGCGAGUAGCAUCACUGGACUAUCUGGGUACUGUAGCAGCCAGAUUGAGGAAAGAUGCUGUCACCAGCAGGAUGGACCAGAAAGCCAUCAACCGCAUCAUCAGAGAGAGCUCAGAGGGAGACGAGACUCAGCGGCUACAGAAAGCCUUAUUGGGUUAUAUGGAUGAAAAUGCAGAAACAGACCCUGCCCUCACAUUUGCACGCAAAUUUUACAUCGCUCAGUGGUUCAGAGACUGCACUACGGAGGCUGAGAAGGCCAUGAGGAAUCAGAAUCAAAAGGAGGAUGACUCGGAGGGCACGCAGCACGCCAAAGAACUCCAGGCCACCGGAGACAUCAUGCAGCGUGCAGAAACUCGCAAGAAAUUCCUCCACACCGUCAUUAAAUCAACUCCCAAUCAAUUUACUACUCUCAGGAUGAAUUCAGACACUGUGGACUAUGAGGACGCCUGCCUUAUCGUACGCUACUUGGCCUCCACCAGGCCCUUCUCUCAGAGCUUUGACAUCUACCUGACACAGAUUCUGAGAGUGUUAGGGGAGAGCGCCAUAGCUGUCAGGACCAAAGCCAUGAAGUGUCUGUCUGAGGUGGUGGCUGUUGACCCCAGUAUACUGGCCAGGUCUGAUAUGCAGCGUGGUGUUCAUGGCCGAUUGAUGGAUAACUCCACCAGUGUGAGGGAAGCAGCGGUCGAGCUGCUGGGACGGUUUGUGUUGAGUCGACCUCAGCUGACGGAGCAGUACUAUGACAUGCUUAUCGAGAGGAUACUGGACACCGGUAUCAGCGUGAGGAAGAGGGUGAUCAAGAUUCUGAGAGACAUCUGUUUAGAACAGCCCAACUUCAGUAAGAUCACAGAGAUGUGCGUGAAGAUGAUCCGCAGGGUCAAUGACGAGGAGGGCAUCAAGAAACUGGUGAAUGAAACAUUCCAGAAGCUGUGGUUUACACCCACAGCCAGCCACGACAAAGAAACAAUGAAUAGGAAGAUUCUCAACAUCACUGAUGUGGUCGCUGCCUGUAAGGACACUGGCUAUGACUGGUUUGAGCAGCUCCUGCAGAAUCUUUUAAAGUCAGAGGAGGACUCAUCCUAUAAGCCAGCCAGGAAGGCCUGUGUUCAGUUGGUGGACAAUCUUGUGGAGUACAUCCUCAAAUACGAGGAGGCAAUUGCAGAGCACAAGAGUGUGAACUCGACACGGUUAGUCGCAUGCAUCACCACGCUGUAUCUGUUCAGUAAGAUCAGAGCGCAGCUUAUGGUCAAGCAUGCCAUGACUAUGCAGCCUUACCUCACCACCAAGUGCAGUUCUCAGAGUGACUUCAUGGUGAUUUGUAACAUUGCGAAGAUCCUGGAGCUUGUGGUUCCUCUGAUGGAUCACCCCAGUGAGAGCUUCCUGACCACCAUUGAAGAAGACCUGAUGAAGCUCAUCUUAAAAUAUGGCAUGACCGUUGUCCAGUACUGUGUGAGCUGUUUGGGUGCGAUAGUGAAUAAAGUGACUCAUAAUUAUAAGUUUGUAUGGGCCUGUUUUAACCGUUAUUAUGGGGCUCUGACUAAGCUAAAGUUACAGCAUCAGGAGGGUACGAACAGCAUGGCACUGGCUGCCACCAAAGCAGCCCUGCUCAGAUCUCUCUUCACUGUGGGAGCUCUCUGCAGACACUUUGACUUUGACUUCGAGCAGUUCAAGGGCACCACUAAGUUUACAAUAACAAUACUUAAGAGCUUCCUGUUCAUCAUGCACCCGAGUCAGAUGUUCAUUCCAGAGGUGAAGUCUCUGUAUAACGGGCUCCUGUCUGAUAAGCGAUGCUCCAUCACGCUGAAGAUCCAGGUGUUGAAAAACCUCCAGAUGUAUCUACAGGAGGAGGACUCUCGCAUGCAGGAGGCCGACAGAGAGUGGCAGAAAAUGUCAAAGCAGGAGGAUCUGAAAGAGAUGGGUGACAUCUCCUCUGGUAUGAGCAGUUCUAUCAUGCAGCUCUAUUUGAAGCAGGUGCUGGAGUCUUUCUUCCACACGCAGUCCAGUGUACGACACUUUGCCCUCAGUGUCAUCGCUCUGACCCUCAGCCAGGGACUCAUACACCCCGUACAGUGUGUGCCAUAUCUGAUUGCUAUGGGGACGGACCCAGAGCCCACCAUGAGGAACAAAGCAGACCAGCAGCUGUUGGAGAUUGAUAAGAAAUACACUGGAUUCAUCCAUAUGAAGGCUGUAGCAGGGAUGAAGAUGUCGUACCAAGUGCAGCAGGCCAUCAUGGGAUCAGCAGAACCUGUGAUCCGUGGUUUCCGUCAGGACGAGUCCAAUUCUGCUCAAUGUUCCCACCUCUACAGCAUGGUCCGUGCAAACAGACAACACCGGAGAGCGUUCCUCAUCUCACUGCUCAAUCUCUUCGACGACAGCUCGAAGAUUGAGGUGAACAUGCUGUUGUUCAUCGCUGAUAAUCUGGCCUACUUCCCCUAUCAGUCUCAGGAGGAGCCGCUGUUCAUCAUGCAUCAUAUAGACAUCACACUGUCUGUGUCAGGCAGCAACCUGCUGCAGACAUUUAAAGAGUCUCUCGUUAAGGUUCCGGGCAGGAAGAGCAGGAAAAAGAGACGACGACGGCGGCGGCGGCAACAACACCACCACCACCAACAGCAGCAUCAACAGCAGCAGAACGGUUCAGAGGAGGAGAGGGGAGAGCAGAACAAGGAAAGAGAAAGGAACAGUGGAGAUGAAGAGUAUGAUGAUAAUGAUUAUGAAGAGGAUGAAGAGGGGCAGCGGGUGAGGAAGCCCAAGCCCACGGAGGGCGCCAGGCAGUCAGAGUCAGAUUCGGAUUCUGACCUCGAGGAUGCUGAUGCUGUUAUGGAGCGUCUUCCUGACGACACAACAUCUCUCCUGGACUUUGCUAGGGCAUCUCAAGGCAUACUGUUACUGCUGGUGCUCAAACAACACCUCAAGAACCUCUACGGCUUCUCGGACAGCAAAAUUCAGAAGUACUCCCCUACGGAGUCGGCGAAAGUGUACGAUAAAGCCGUCAACAGGAAGUCGUCGGUUUACUUCAGUCCACGGCAGACCAUCGACUUCCUCCAGAAUGAUGAGGUUCAUGAUGAGAUGACCUAUGAGCUGAAGAGGAAGAUCGUCAAACAGUACCUCGAUUUUAAGUUGCUGAUGGAGCACCUGGACCCUGACGAAGAGGACGAGGAGGGAGAGACGAGUGCAAACGUGAGGAAUAAAGCCAUCACCGCACUGCUGGGGGGAGCAGCCACAAGCCCCCGAAACCACCACACUGUUGACUCAGAGUAUGAGGACAGUGAUGGAGAGGAGAGGACCCCAGGGGCGUCUCGACGCGGGAGGCGCGCGGCAGACUCGGCGGACCUGCUGUUGACUAACAUGAACGAGUCCGUCAGCGUGCUGGACAUCAUCGCCAUCCACUGCCCCAAAUACCGAGACCGGCCGCAGAUCGCACGUGUGAUCCAGAGGAACAGCGACGGUUACAGCAUCCACUGGAUGGCGGGCUCAUACUCCAGCUCCUGGACCGAGGCCAAGCGGCGCGACGGACGCAAGCUGGUGCCUUGGCUGGACACCAUCAGAGAGACUGACAUCAUCUACAAAAAAAUCACACUCACCAGUGGCAACAAGCUCAACCACAAAGUGGCGCAGACUCUACGGUCACUCUACGCUGCCAAGGACAGGAACUCCAGCUAAUAAUACGUAAACGCACGCACGCACAUACCUCCCAUCUCGGAUCCUCUCAGCCUAAUGUAACACACACACUCACCGUCUCUCCAUAUACCAACAUGCCUAUCAGCCAAACAUCCCCUGGGUCAGCCAAACACAAGCGGUUAUUCUACACUACAAGCUCUUUCACUCUCUGAUGCACUCUGGGUCUGGCGGUGACGUUUGGCCCUCUGCGCCAGAGUGCAUCGUCAUAUCACAGGAAUAAAAUGUUUGGAGAAACAUUGUAUGGGUGCUCCUUCGCUGUUGUGCAGCAGAUUUCUGGUUGUUUGAUUUCUACUCCCAGUGUAUCAUAGUUUAACAUAAAAAUAUUGUUUAUAUCUAUAAAAGAAACUUAAAUAUAUACUGAAUGUUGAAAGAACACAUAGUUUGUUGAUGUUUUUACUUUAUUUUUUUCUAUUUUCCUUUUGGAUUUCUUAGCGUCAAGCGGCUUUCUAUAGCUUAGCUCCUUCUUAACUGGCUGAUGAUGAUGAUUCUCUCUGUUGAGCGGUUUGUCCAUUUUGUACGAUAGCACCGUGUGGCUGUAAUUUAUUGUGUAUAGCAUGCAGUGUCUGUGAGGAGGGCUGUGUCGAAGGAGAUAUGCGAUUACAGGUCGCCCUGCUCAGCGUAAAGGGACCCACAUGCCUCUGAUGGAACAAAUACUGCAAUAAAUUUUCUA